AUGUCAACAUCAAAAUGCAAAAAUUGCAACAAAUAUAUUUGCAGCUGUUCUAAAUUAAGUUCAAAGUAGAUUAAAUUGAUAGGAUCACCUUCUAAACCACCUAAAGGCGGUUUAAUGAAAGCUUAGCCAGUAAAGGCCAUAUAGCAAUUAAUACCAGAAUAAUUCGAAAUUCAUCAGUCCAACAAAAAUUAGAGAAUUGAUAAUGUGAAAAAUGACUAAACCCCUAUUUAUAGCAAUGUGCCAAGAUAUAUCUAAAGCCAAUAAAAUGGAAGGGCAUCUUCCUAAGCUCCACGAUAAUAAUUACUGAACUCAUUCAAAUCUGAUUAAAAAAUUCUUAAGGGUAAACAAAAAGAUGAAGAUAUUGAUGAUAUCUAUAUUGCUCCAUUCUCAUAAUCAAUCAAUACCAAGUAGAGGAAGCAGAGUAUCAAUUAGAAUCAAAUUUAGGUCACCAAAAUCACUCCAUAAUCUUUCUAACACUAUAGUCCACCAGUCAGAGGCAGAGAGGACAUGUAGAAUUAUCGUGGAAUGAAUCUCAAUAAUUUCAAAGAGGAAAAAUAGGAAAAUAUUCAGUUUUUUGGGUUAGAGAAUCCUCCUGGGCACAAUAAUUGCUAUCUCAAUUCAGUCUUAUAGAGCAUCUGGAAUUUGACCAAAAACUCAGGCUUGCCAAAAUAUCUCCUUUCAGAGGAAACAUUUGGCUCUAUAGAUGAAAGAGAUGAGCCUAUAAUUUAAGAUUUCAUAAACUCAUUCAAGGAAAACAGUCUGCAAAAGAUCUAAGUCUUCAAUCCUGUUGCAGUUAGAACAGAACUAUUCAAGUUAUUCUAUGAGGAUUAGAAGUUUGACUUAACAGAUAAAGCUGAUGCUUCAGAAGCAUUUUAUAACAUACUAUGUCUGAUCCACAGCUCAAACACUCCAAGUUAAGGAUAAUCAAAAUAGGACAAGAAUAAGCUAGACUUUGAUGAUAAAUGCGAAAUCCAAGACUGCUUUAUUCAUUAAUGCUUCUAAAUUAAUACUUUGAUGACUAGAAUAUGUUAGUGUGGAGAAUUGGUGAUUAAAUAAAAAUCAGAUGUAAAUAGCUUCAUUCAGAUUUAAGAUGAAAUAGAAUUCUGCUUAAAUUAAAAUUGCAAACUAAAGAGAACAGAAACGAAAGUUUAUAUUAAUAAGCCAUGUCCGAGAGUAUUGAGUAUGAAUUUGAAUUGGAAUUAGGAGGAAGCUAAGCCAGAGGAUAUUAUGAAAAUACUUGUUAGCUUUCCAGAUUAUUUUGAUAUCAGGGAGUUAUUUGAGGAAUAAGUCACCACUUACACAAAUUUACCUGAUGAUAAUUUGAGUCUAAGCAAAAAUACCUACAGAAGUUAUAAUGAUCUUGGAUGGAUCAUGUUUAACGAUGAAUAGGUUAGAAAGGUUUAAAAAUGGGAAAAUGUUAUUGAUGAAUGCUCAUUGCUGAGAAUGAAACCAACACUUAUUUUCUAUUAGCAGUUCAAUAGGGAUACAAUAUUUGGAAAUAGCAGGUCGAGAGAAGAUAUUAAAAUUGAGAAAUUUGAAUUAAAGUAUCUGGAGCGAAAGAUUUUAUCAUACUAGAGAGAAAUAGAUAGUUUUGAUGAUGUAGAUAAAGAUGUUUAUAUUUAACAGAAGCUUUUAUUACAAUCAUUCAAAAAAGAAAAAACAACUCAUAGCAAGAGUGAGGAAAAAUAAGUAACUGAAGAUUUCAAAAAAGACAAGCUUGAGAUGAAGUUGAAAAUUAAUGAAGAGAAUGAAUAAAGACUAAAUACUUAGCAAUAAUUAUUUAAGAAUCUCAAAUUGAAAUAUCAUAAGGAGGGAGUUUAUCUAUAUAACUGCUUGAACUAUAAGUGUAAUUUCAAAUUGAUGCUUCAUCAGGAAUACUGUUAUAAAUGCUGCCAACAAAAUACUUUGAGAGACUUUACAGUGUAAGUGAGCCCUUAAGUCGAAAAAGAUGUGAUAGAUUAGUUGCUAAGGAUCUUUGAUGAUGAAUUUAAAAUCUCGAAUUUCGAUAUUAAAUCUAAUGACAAUGAGGAUUCAAAGAGUUAAACUAAUAUAGAAGAGGUGUAUAAUGAAGAGGAAAACAGUGAUGAAGAUGAGAAUAUGAAAAUUGAUUAAAUCGACAAUCUAGAGUUAGAAAAUGAGGAUUAAGACUCUAAUGUAAAAAAAUCUAGUGGAAUACAAUCAGAGGAAAAUUCUAAUUAGGAACAAAAUGUUAAUAAAAUGACUGAGAUUGAAUGGUAAUGUGAAUAUUGUGAAUAACUCAAUAUUAUUAUUUAUGAAGAUAUUAGCUCCUCUUAUUGUCAAACUCUCAUUCUAGCUAAUCUUAUCCAAACUAAAACAGAAGCAAUCUCAAUAGAUAAGAUAAUACAACUCCCAAUCCUCAUUAAUCCUCUUUUCUUGAAAGAAUGA